CAGCUCAUAGUCACACUGCUCCUAUCAGCCCAGCACAAUGUCUUUGCCUGCAAUGGGAGGAUACAGCGAAGUCAAGGAUGCUACCCCAAAUGAGCAGCAUUUAGUUGACUUGGUGAUACCAGAAAUUGAAAGGAAGCGUGGGAUGAAAUUUAAACAACAUACAGCCACUACAUUCAGAAAUCAAAUAGUUCAAGGGACAAAUUACUUAAUCAAGAUCUAUGUGGGAAGUGAUGAAUAUUUGCAUGCGAAAAUCUUUCAAUCUCUUCCCUGUGAAGGAGAAAAAGUGACCCUUCAAGAUUUCCAGUCACCCAAGACUAAGGAGGAUCCACUUGUCCCUUUCUGAAAAUGUGAGGGUCAACCUACUACAAAAUAAUCUUGGUGUAUUCUGGCACCUUAAUUAUCCUACUGCCAGAUCUGCAACGUACCACUGUUACCCAACUUUCUCUCUUAAUAAAGUGUUUCAUUUUAAA